ACAGUAAUGGAAAGGAAUGGCAUUUAGUUUUGCCAAAAGACCAAUUGGACAAAGCGUACAAAGAUAAGGCCAAUCGCACGUUCACCGCAGACUUCAAGAUUCGGCUUACGUUUACGAAACCCAAUCAAUCAUUGUAUUUACGAUCUCCCGAUCCGUCGCGAACGGACGCCCGACUCACCACAACCGACGCAAACAUUACUCAUGAAAACGGUUCGACUGAUUACGAGUCCGAUAACGACACCGACGACGAUGAGGACGAGGACUACGAUUGGACCGACGAUUGAUAUAAUUAUAUAUAUAUAUAUUAUAUAGACAUUUGUGACAUUUUUGUGAACAGUUUUCAAUUGAAAUUUGUUUCUAUUAUUAUUUACAUUUGAUUUUGCGUUUAAAACAUAUGUGAAAAAAAUAUUAAGAAAAACUUGGAGAAGAGAAUCAAAUAAAUAUAAAACAAAAAACAAUUAAUAAUUGUAAUAAUAAUUAGACACUUGAAACUAAAUUGUAUGAAAUAGGGAGAGAGAGAGGGAGAGAGAGAAAGGGAGGCAACAAAAAGUGGAC